CGGGCCGAGGGGGGGCACGGAGGUGGCAGCUGUGGGAGGAGGCGGCGCGCGAGGUCGAGGAGCUCCAGCCCCGACCAAUCCCGCGUCCCGGGCCGCAACCCCUGCUCCUGCAGCGCACCGGAGGCGAGACCGGCCGGAUGGGCCGCUGAGCCCGAGUCGGGGACCGGUUGAAGAGCUGUUCUCUUUCGAGGGGAGUGUUGAACACCUGGAGAAGGGUCUGUCUGGAGUUUGGGGGCGUCAGGUACAAUAUUUGGAAGGGACACUGCUCCAAGAGUCCCGACACGGAGCGGGUGUGCAAAAAGCCCGGCUGCCUCCAAGGCUCUGAGCCUCCACGUCUUUCCAGUGUGGAGCCCCCUGGAGCUAAACUCAGGAUGUUUCGCUUCAUGAGGGACGUGGAGCCCGAGGAUCCCAUGUUCCUGAUGGACCCCUUUGCUAUUCACCGUCAGCAUAUGAACCGUAUGUUGUCAGGUGGCUUUGGAUACAGCCCCUUCCUCAGCAUCACAGAUGGCAACAUGCCAGGGACCAGGCCUGCCAGCCGCAGGAUGCAGGCUGGGGCUGUUUCCCCCUUCGGCAUGCUGGGCAUGUCCGGUGGCUUCAUGGACAUGUUUGGGAUGAUGAACGACAUGAUCGGGAACAUGGAACACAUGACAGCUGGAGGCAAUUGCCAGACCUUUUCAUCUUCCACUGUCAUCUCCUAUUCCAAUACGGGUGAUGGUGCCCCCAAGGUCUACCAAGAGACAUCAGAGAUGCGCUCGGCACCAGGCGGGAUCCGGGAAACUCGGCGGACUGUACGGGACUCGGACAGUGGACUAGAACAGAUGUCCAUUGGGCAUCACAUCCGGGAUCGGGCUCACAUCCUCCAGCGCUCCCGAAACCACCGCACUGGGGACCAGGAGGAGCGGCAGGACUAUAUCAAUCUGGAUGAGAGUGAGGCUGCAGCAUUUGAUGAUGAGUGGAGGAGGGAGACAUCCCGAUUCCGGCAGCAGCGCCCCCUGGAAUUUCGUCGGCAUGAGGCUUCAGGGGGUGGGGGACGAAGGGCUGAGGGGCCUCCCCGCCUGGCCAUACAGGGACCUGAGGACUCCCCCUCCCGACAGUCCCGUCGUUAUGACUGGUGAGGGCCCUAGGCCCCCAGCCUCUCUUGUACAGGCUGAAAGGCUGAGAAAUCAUCCCCUGAAAUAACUUUUCCCCUCCAACUCCCACUCCCAAUUGAAUAUUAAAUUAACAGGCAAGCUGGCACCCGCCGCUCCCUGGGGGUCUCGGGGAGAACCUUUCACUGCCCCCUUCACCUACUUUUCCUUCUUUAACCCCUUACCACCAUGACGCCACUUCUCCUGUAUCCGCUAACUUGAUUUUUCAUUUUGCUGCUCCAUCUUUGAGCCUCCUCACCUCCCCGACUCUACCCCUGCCGUGCAUUGAUGGGCAUUUGGGGUGAGCUCGGGGUUUAGGGGUCUGUACCCUCCCUUAGCUACCCUGGAUUUUUUCCCUCCUCCUCAGAUCCCUCGUGUGGGUUUUUGUGUGGAGGGAGAGGACUGGUUCCCACUCUUUCUCCCUCCCCACCCCUGCACAUCACAGAAAUCUCCCCUACACCCCUCUCUGCCUUUAUUUUUUGAUUUGUGCAACUUGUAACUAGGUGUUUAUGGAAUAAAGGAGAAUGGAAAAAAGACCAAGUAGGAUUCUGGCUUUACUUUUGAUCUUUUUCCUGUUUGACUUCAAUCCUCCUGUCUCCUAGUCACUUUCUUCUCCCUGUAACUUUCUCAUUUCGAGUUCAAGCCCAGCCCCUGACUGGUGACGACUGUGGGACUGUCAGGACACCACAGGCAAGGGGCAGCAGAACUCUGCUGGGCUGGACUAGAGGUACAAAAAUGUCAGCAGCUGUCUUACAGCCCUGCCCCUCCCUUCUGCUGCAACUUCUCUCUUCAGGGGGAUGCAGGACAUGUGGCAUUAUUUCAUCAGUGCCUGAGGAAUUGGCCACCCUGGUACCUUGGGCAGUUCUUCUCCCGACUGUGGAGUGGAAUGCUUGUCCAGAACAGGAAGAGGCCCAGAUAACCUUACGAGAGCCUUGGAGGGGGAAGGACUCGGGUCAGCAGCAUUCUUCAAGCCCCCAGUUGAGAAUUUGAGCCCAGGGAAGGAGCUCAGAGAAGAUAACUAGGCUGGAACCCGAGCAGUAGUGGAAGGUCCUGGGGUGCUCAAGUUUCUUAAGGUGUUCACUUCUGCUUGACCUGGCUUAGCCAAGUGGGUCACGCUGUUCCUCUUGGGAACGUAUUUCAUGAUGGUAAAUGCAUGUGAGAAUCUGAUGAUGCUUUCCUGUUCAUAAAAAUUUUCAGUUGGUGAAUCAAAGGCUCUGGGUCAAACACUCAAGGCUCUGGGUCCUUUCAGGGAAGGAAGGAUUUUGCCCAGGUCAUUGAUGAAGAAAUAGAUCCAAGAGGUUUGUCCAGUUGUUCAAUGAGCAGAGAGGUGAAGUUGAGCUCGACAUCAUCAAGUUGAGCUUGACUCUCAUCAAACAGGGUGGUUGAAGGUGCAGGGCCAGGAUUAAGGGGACCAACCCAGGGCUGAAAGUCCAGAAAGUCCCAGAGGCAGAUGGGUGUAGAUCAUUCCUCCACCUGGGUUGCUGAAUUAUAGAUGGAACUCGGGAUCCACAGCCCUGUGCUUUAAGGGCAGUCUGCUUUGUGUAACAGCAUGUUGCCGUCCUCUUGGAGUGGAGUAGCUUCAUCCCUAAGGAGGCCACGAGGAGAAAAAGUGCUGGGGUUGAAGGAACCCAGAGACCCCUGCCAUUCACCCAGCUAUGGUCUUGGGCAGCUGAGGACCCUGGACCUCAGCUUUGUAGGUCCUUUCUAGCUACAAAACCUAUGGCCAAUCCCCACAGCUGGACUUCAGUUCUGUUGCCCAAGCUUCUGCUGUAGUUCUGAGUAGGAGCUGGGGUGGGGCAAGGGUUGUCCAGGUUUCAACCUAGAUGAAUCAGUCUGGCAUUUUACAAGCUCUCCCUUCUGGGUGCUGGUUUUCAGACAUCAUAAUUUUCACCCCUGCUUCCUGCUCUUGGGUGAACACCACCCAUUAACUCAGCACUUCUUGGACCUGUGACUAGUUCUCAGCAGGGAUAUUGUGGGAUGCUAGAUGGAUAGCUGCAGUGGAGUGAGGUGCUCAAGAACCAGUCCCCUGUGCUGUGUGCCCGUAGUAGGUAGCACACAGGUAGUAGGUAGGAGCAGAACUCAGGAGGAGACUGCCAUUUUUUUCUCAGCUCUCCAACCUGGUCCAACUUCAGUUCACAGACGCCAUGCCUUUAGUCUGUGGCCCAACAGCUGUCCGGAGUACAUGCUCAGACUCAGAUUAUUUCCUCCAUCCCACAAAAUUACAGGUUGGAUGAGACAGAUACUUGGCAGGAAACUAAGAAUUAUAUAGAGGAGCAAAAUCAGGAAUACAGGCUGGCAUGAGCAAGGCCUAGCUCCAGUGCUUAGCUAUGACUGGGAAAGACUCUUAAUCUCUCAACAUCUAUUUCCCGCUUUGUAAAAUGGGUCUUUCUAGGUACUGAUGGUCAUGGUGACAUGGAUUCAGACCCCAGGAUGGUGAGAAUUAAAUUAGUAUGGAGAAAGCAUUUGGGAUCUAAAUGCUGGUUUCUCCCUAGUCACUCUCCUUGACUUAUCCUCCAGUCCAUCCAGGAGGCCUCAGCCCCCAUUCCAUCCUGAAAUACCUCACACAAUCCGGAAGCUGUCAUACUGGCCUUGAAUCAGCCUUCAGCCCUCCAUUCUGCCAAGUACAAAUGCCAUCUUUCACCCUCUUCAAGCCUCAACUUCAUGCACCAACAAGUAGAAACAAAUUUUUGGGGCCACUCUGACCCAGCCCAACUUGGAAUUCUUCCCUUUCUAGUGUGACAAAGGAUCUCUGGUCUCAGUGACACCAAUGCCCAAGUACACAUAAACUGCCAGAGGCAGAUCCACAAAAAUCUCAGCAUUUCCUGUCUCCCAGCCAACAUAUUCCAGGUCCAUUUAACUUCACAUACCUGUCCUGCUCUGGGAACAAGUCUGCAGGGGCUGGGGGAGACAUGAGGCGAGGAUUCCUUCCCUCAAGCCUUUCCAAUUACCUAAGCAUAAGAAAAAAGUAGCCUUUACCACUCUCCUCUUAGCCAUCUUAGCUAGGACAGGUAAGAGCCAGGUAAGGCUGCAGGAGAGGAGGGAGGCACUGAGAUAAGAACACCAGAGACCACAGGCACAGGGAGAAAAGAGCUAUGUAGUUGGAACCCCUAAGGCAGAUCCUGGGGGUUUGGAACCCCAUCCUUGGGUCUUGGUGCUGGCAUGAUCUGAGCAAAGGGCACCUGAGGGGGCUGGCAAAGCUGACCCCUGAGAGAGUGCUGAGGGGACUGAGACUUCUCAGGCUAUACCUCUAGGGAGACAGGAAGCAGGCAGGGCUCCCCAUUCUAGACUCAGAUCCUUCCUCUCUAUACUGCUCCUGGCGUGAGCUGGGUCCACAUUCAGUACCUCACCCUUUCUCUGCCUUUUAUUGUUUCUUUCCUGAAAACCUUAUCUUUUGGAUGGGAAGGGGGCGUUGCUCUUGGAUUCUUGAAGCAUCCAUCCCAUCCUCUUCGUCUGCUCUGUUACCUGUCACCUGGAGACCUUGCAGGUGCUGGACAAUUUUCUCCAAGGUCUUAGUGCUUUUCUGCCAGGAGACCAACCAUCUCAAAGUCUGAGGCUGGGACACUUGGACACAUGAAGCUGGAGGAUGGGAGAGCAGGGAGCACAGGACAGGGACAAAGCAGUGGGAUGACAUCUAAAAGAGGGAGCAAGGGCCUCCCUGCUGGUGCAAGGGGUUAAGACGAAACCUAUGAAGCUGUCUGCAUCCUCUGCCGCACCAGUUCCAUCCCCAGCCGGCCAGGGAGCAACCCACAUAGUGCAGCAGACCUCUCCUGACUUGCCCACUGCUCCCCUCAGCAGUGUGCUUCG